CAUUUACUGAAUGUAUGGAUGGAACGAACAACUCAUACUUUGCAAAUUUGCAGAUGAUGUGUAAACAUCAUAAUUCAUUUGUUGAGCUCUUGAGGUAAUUGCUCAACCAUAUUCAUGGACCUGUAGAGUUGUUUCUAUGACAAAGAAGUCACAAAAAAACAAUAAUCUAAUUGUAUUUUUUUUUUUUUUUUUUUAACUUUUAAAAAUUGCAGUAAUAUUAGUUUGCUAUAUUUUAGAUUACAAUAAAUGUAGCCCAUGUGAGCUCAAGAGACUUAAAGAAUACAAAAAAAAAAAAAAAUUACAACUCUUUUAAGUUUUUGUAGUUUAAGUCUUUAUGUAGGCAAGUCAAGUUUAGCUUUGAUUAUUAACCAGACAUCUUGAGUUAGCUUUUGCAUGCUAAACAUAAUUUCAUUUUCACUAAUGUUAGUGAGAAAUAAUAAUAUGAUAUGAAUAAAGAUUAAACAUUCUUCCUACACAGCUCUAUUUUUUCCAUACAGACUCGAAAAUAUACAACAUGCAUUCAAUGGUAAAAGUUUUUUACUAGACACCAGUGUGUUCAUAAUUAGGAUAAUACAUUAAAAUAGCACGAUAGGACACACCCAUUUUUAAUAUCAAAAAUAGCUGGACGUGGAUGAGACCGGAAGCUAAACCCAUAAAAUGUACAAAUGGCGGCGUCCAUUUUAUUCUGCAGCGCCAGCAGCCGGGCGCGUCAAGCACUGCAUCACUGUCAACACUUGCGUCCGCGCGCAGCAGUGACGUCAGCGCGGUACAGCGCGCGCUCGUACAUAUCGUCGUUUCGCAAAUUCAUUAAAAAUGAAUAACUUUGAGAGAAUAUUAGCGGAGCAAGUGCGUCGACACAGGCACCUCUAUGAUCCGAAUAUGCGCCAUCACAGUGACCUUCCGUUGAUUCAAAAAGCGUGGAACGAUGUCGCUGCCGCCACGGGAAAAGACGAGGCUGAGUGCCGGAAAGUGUGGAAGAACUUAAGAGACAAGUUUGUGCGGAUCAAGAAGAGGGUGCGCGCGAGAAGCAGCGAUCCAAGUUCAUACAAGAUCAUGGCUGAGCUGGCAUGGUUAACCCAAUUUGUUAAACAUCGGGAAAAAGGCACAAUUGUGAAGGAUGUGUGUAAAGUGGUCUCCAUUGAGGAACUACUGAAGUCAAACAGCUUCUCAGUCUCUCCAGCAUCAGGAACAUCAGAGACUGUGAUUUCUGGUAGCCCUCUACCUCCGUCCCUCAGGCCAUCGUCAUCUUCUCUUCCACCCACCCCAUCCGCUCCCCUUCAGCCCUGUCCAUCACCUAAACGCAGCCCCUCACCCUGUUCAAUUUCAGCUUUCCCUGCCCCAAGCAUUUCACCCUGUUCUAAUGCAUCCCCAUCUUCUACCAGCUUAAUGCCUAAGAGAAAGUGCACCACUGAAGAUGCCUUGCUGAAGAUCCUGGAGCAGCUGGACUGGGAGAGGGAGAGGGCUAUGCAGCGGGACAAUGAGGAUUACAGAUUCGCUGUUGUCAUUGCUGACAUGUUGGCAAAAAUUGAACCUCAGGUGAAGUCUGAGGUUAAGUUCAAGAUCUAUCAAAUGCUGUAUGAGGCUGGGCAAACAGAACAAACGUAACAUUUUUACUGCAACUGAAGCACUGAAUUGUUUAUAUGAAAGAAUAUUUUCAUAAAUGUUUGGUUUUUCAAAUAUUCAUGCACUUUUUUGUGUAUUUAUGCAAAUAUGUAAAUAAGACUUUUAAAGGAUAUUUGGUGUUUUAUUUGUACAUUUUAAACAAGUAUUUCUAUAUUUUUUUGCAUAAUGAAUAAAAACAUUGAACUGG